UUGAGAUCAAAGUAGGGCUUAUAGAAAGAAGCAUGCUGAAGCUUAUUACUUUCCUCUCCCAAGGGGAUGCUCGAGUUGGAGUGGUCCGUGGAGGAAGAAUGUGGCCCCUUGACGAUGUUCUAUCGGCCAAUGCCUCGAAGCACGACAUGGUUACCGUGAUCAGAGACUGGGAUGCGAUACGAAAGAGCUUGAAGCUUGAAAGUCCGGGACUUGAGCUUACGGAUAUCGAGCUACAAGCUCCAAUUCCAAGGCCAUCAGGGGCGAUUAUGUGCAUUGGAAAGAAUUACAGGGACCAUGUCAAAGAAAUGGAUAAAUGGAAGACUGCUCCAGCUUUGUCUGCUCAAGAUGUUCCCAAGAAUCCUAUCGUUUUUACCAAAGCACCACAAUCUGUGAUUGGUCCCGGGGCUGCAAUCAAAUAUCCUCACGGUUUAUCUUCGCAAGUCGACUAUGAAGCAGAAUUGGCUGUGAUAAUCGGAAAACCGGGAAGAGCCAUCAAAAGAGAGAACGCUCUAGAACACGUAUUCGGAUAUACGAUCUUAAACGAUGUCACUGCAAGAGAUUUGCAAAAACGCCACCAACAGUGGUUUAUAGGCAAGAGUUGCGAUACAUUUUGUCCCAUGGGUCCAUGGAUUGUUCCAGCAACGGAGAUAAACGGAGAGGAUCUUCGGAUCCAAUGCUGGAUCAAUGACGAACUCCGACAGGAUGGUCGAACGUCAGACAUGAUCUUUCCAAUCCCAGAGCUGAUCGAGACGAUAUCAGCGGGAAUAACUUUGCAAACGGGAGAUAUCAUCGCAACUGGAACUCCCUCAGGUGUUGGAUCGGGGUUUGAUCCGCCCAAACAUCUACUUCCUGGCGAUAAAAUCCGCAUCGCGAUCGAGAACAUUGGCGAAUUACUCAAUACUGUGGAUUCGUACCCAGGAGAAUAUCCCGUAACCGCGAGAAAUGUAGGGGUUAAAACCUUUUUGGCGCGACUUUCCAGGGUUAGGGCAAGCUUAGCGGGCGAGGAGACGAUGAGAUCCAAUCCGAGACCAGGGCGAUUCAUGAUCUUGUCAAUAUCGAGUCCACUGCCGAUCCGCUCGGGAAAAGACCCGCCAAAUGGAACAAGAGCACGGCCUCUGAGGUUUUCAAGAUAUUUGGACGCGAUUCCUCUCAUCGUCGAGUGGCCAACAUUUGCACGCUGGAGAAGCAUUUCAAUGACCCCGAUUUGAAGAAGCUCCAGUGCUGGUACUUUCCAAGGCCUGCCAGUGCAAAGAACCCCGAGAAACCUACAAAGUUUUUCAAGGCUAUGAAGCCCAGUGAGCUGCUAGCGAGAGAAGAUAUGUGGGGAGCUUGGAACGUGAGUGUCGAGCUUGAAACGGCAAAGACGAGGAGACACAACUUGAGGAGAAGGUAUGCAAGACCCCGUCGUGUUCUCGAUAUUUCUUCACCGCGUAUGGUUUACUUAUACUUGUCAAUUUUUCGCAGCACCCGAGACGACUUGCAAAACUCUGAGAACUACUUUGAAAAAAAUGUGGAGACCGUUACUGCAUUGCGCGAGCUGCAAAGACGAGGAGGUCCAAAGCCUUGCAAGAG